AACCUGUUGUACGAAACCUUUGUUUCAUUUCUGGAAAGAAGGUUUGAUACGGAACCUGUUUUACACCGAACCAAAAAAGGAUCUUCCCGUGUAUCCGCGGGAAGAUCCUUUUUAGGUUCCGUAGAAACCCUUUUUUUUUUAGAGUGUAAUAUUGAUAAAAAUGAUGAUUGUAUUCAAAUAAGAGCUCGUCUUCGACUCCUAAUUAAUUAUCUUAAAACAUUUGAUGAACCAAAUGAUGAAUGUUUAUGUUGUAUUAAGCAAAUAGUAAAUGAAAAAAUAUUUUUAAUUAUUUCAGGAAGGUAUAGUCAACAUGUUGUACCAAUUGUUCACGAUUUACCACAAGUUUUAUCAAUAUAUAUUUAUUAUUAUAUGAAAGAUGAUUAUCUUCAUCAAAAAGAAAUCUAUGUUUGUUCACAUUUCUUCAAAUUUUCAAUCAAAAAUUUAUCAAAAAAUAAUGCAAAAUUUGUUUGGUUUCAAUUACUUAUUCAAAUAUUAUUUUUAAUGCCAAAAACAAAUGAUUCUAUUCAAGAAAUGAUUUAUGAAUGUCAAUUACAGUAUCAUGGUAAUGACGUUGAACAACAGAAAAUAAAUGAAUUUCAACAAACAUAUAAAUCAUCAGAUAGUAUUAAAUGGUAUACACGUGAUAGUUUUGUCUAUCGUCUGAUUAAUAAAGCACUAAGAACUCAAAAUAGGAACCAUUCGAAUAUCACAUUG